AUGGAGACUAUGCACAGCUCAAAGCCCGACCACGCUUCGGGGCGUAUCUUGAAUGAAAAGCUGUCGGACAAAGUCCCUACCGGAUCUUGUUCGCCAAAUACGCAGACAACGCAUCUAAGCAUCGAUACUCUGUCCGCGGUGCACAACGGAUCUGCCUCCCCAGCCACGGCAACACGAACACCCGAGGGUCUGACGCUGGAGGAGAUCACACGAUCUCAACAUUUUACAUUGCGCACGCUACCAGCUUGGAUCCGAUCGGUAGAAGAAGUCGAGGAUGACGCCGAGGGAGCCGCAGCAACCGACCGACUACUACCCUCCCAGCCCCGUGAUGCGCAGGUCGCUCAUCAUAACCACACUCCUUAUAAUAUCUCCAGCCAUGACUUUGCACAAGUGCAUGAUCCCGGUUUCUCCGAAGAGGACAUGCCGAGUCGGGAAUCACGUUGGGCGACGUUUUCGCGUAUGAUUCAGUACCCCCGAGAGUACAUUGACGAAUCCAAAGAGGUCACAUCGGAUUGGCUAAAUGAGAACCAUACGAAUUACUCGGGCCCAUGGCGCGGCAAGCUCCUGGACGGAGACAGCCCCGAACACCCCUUGCACAUCAAUGCGCGCAGGCGGGAAAUCUGGACGAAGCGCUUCCAAAACUCGCUGUUGAGAAGUCCAAUGGUGCCGCUGAUAUUACGACUGACGGUCUGGUGCUUCUCCUUGUCUGCAUUGGCUUUGGGUGGAUCUAUACAGCACAUGUCGGAUAAGGGUCAUACCGACCAGGGCCCGUCAGCACUCAUGGCAAUCAUUGUUGACGCGGUGGCACUGGUUUACCUUGUGUAUAUCACCUUUGAUGAAUACACGUCGAAACCUCUGGGCUUGCGCUCGCCUUCAGCCAAGGCGCGGCUCAUUCUUCUUGAUCUAUUUUUUAUCGUCUUCGAUUCUGCCAAUUUGAGCUUGGCAUUCAACUCCCUGUCCGAGGUGACAGGUUCCUGCACAGAAGCAGAGGUGAAUCAAAUAUUUGACCCGCGGAAUGACAGUAUCUGUGUGCGGCAGAAGGCACUUGCAUCCGUUUUAUUGGUUGCCCUACUCGCUUGGCUCUUGACCUUUUGCCUCAGCGUUCUCAGGCUCGUUGAAAGAGUGAAACACUGA